ACUAAGUGUAAGCCACGUCUCACGCCACGUAGAAGCUAUAUAAAAGUCAGUUAAUAUUCGAUACAUACAGUACUCUGUAUUGUAACAGUAAAAGAAGAAACAACAACAUAUUCCGAGACGUUACUGGAAACAAGCUGAGAGGCAAUUCGUAUCAUGUAUUCGAUCACGAAACGUCAAGUGUUGGUGGUUUUUUAUUUGACUGCAUUAAUAUGUUGGUCAUGUGUAGAAGGAACACAUGACAAGAACGGCACAACUGCAGAAAACAUGGAUAAGAAGUCAGAGACAGAUCUUCAAAGCAGAUCUGCAGAUGAAACAAGUCCAAUUAAGAUUAAAAAACGUCCAGGCGGUGAAACUGUUGUCGUUCAAGGUUACACAUCUACAGAGAACCCAAAGUUUACCAUAGACUACCGAUGUUCACCCGCGGGCACUGGAAAAAUUGCCGGUCAUCUAAAAGUGCAACUAUCUUUCAAUCCGGUUAGAACUUCGUCGAGAAGUUAUGGCAUGAAUAAACCAUUAACUGAUUUGAAUUUCUAUGAUAAAUUCGACUUUAAGCUUCACCAAAAGAUUUUAAUUGAACAUAACACACAUUCAGGUAUACUUCAGAUCAAAGUAAACAGCGUUACAGUUACACAAGAUGACUAUAUAUCCUUUUUUUCCAAUAAUUUUUGUUAUGAAUAUUUGGAAUUUUACGGUGACCUAAAAGUAGAAACAAUCGUGAUAUCAUGAGAGGAUCAAAGAGCCCAUCAAUUGCAUUUAAUGUUUUUUUUUAAUCUAAUGGUGUUGUUAUGUAAAGCAACUCAACAGAAAAAAUUGUGGAUAUUCAAUUAUGUAUUUCAAUCACAUGCAUACAGACAAACACAUUAAACGCAUAAAAUGCAUACACAUACAACCAUGCCACGCACAUUUACCAAAAAAAAAAUAUUAGAAGUUUCGUUUGUUGUUCCGUACAAACACUAAUACAUAAUGUUUUAAAAUUUCACUUUAACACACAUUUUCGCACACAUAUACUUUUACACACAUGAACAGACACAAAUUUUAUAUAUUAAAUUAGGGAAGGGACUUGAACUUUUAAAAUUUGGUAUUUGUAUUUGUUGCUGUAUACUAUCACUAGUUAAAGUUGAGUCAAAUAAAAUAUGAUUUAAUACAAAAUACUAAAUGAAGCUUGAAUAUAUA